AGGCGCAGGGAGAGCCUGAUCAGAGCUGGGCAGCAGAGCUCUGCCUGCCUGCUGGUGCUCAGGGAAAGUGUUACUGGGACUGAAAGCGUGCUCCGGGGCCCAUGGGACCCAGCUUCCCGCGUGCCCUAUCCUCCUCCUGUGGCCAACUGAAGUAAAAACAUUUUGGACCGAGGCUGGAGGCAAGGAUGGAUGGUUCAAGUGACAUCGCACCAAAGGAGUGGUCCCCAGACGGACAGAUGCAUCGGGAGGAAGCAAUGCUGCCCCAGCAGGACUCCAUGGCUGCUGCCCAGGAAGAUGGAGCUCUGGGAAAUGCUGCAGCAGCUGCACCUCAGAGGGCUCCUGGAGAGCUGGAGGAGUGCAGCAGUGCUCCCAGCCGCGUGUGGGGCGCACAGCCUGGCCUGCUCUUCCAGGGAGAGAAGCAGAGCUGCCACCCUCUCAGCCUGUCCUGGGCGCUGGGCUACAACAGCAGCCUGGCUGUGCACAGCAUGGAGGAUGGGAUGCUGCUGUACAUCUGUGCCCACACAGUGGUCAUCCACGAUGUCCUCGGCAGCAGGCAGUACCACCUGCAGGGCCAUGCAAAUGCCAUCUCAUGCCUGUGUGUCAGCGAGGACAGGCGCUGGGUUGCCACUGCUGACCAAGGUCCAGACCCUUUGGUCAUCGUGUGGGAUGCCUUUUCCGGGAUCCCGGUGCGCACCAUCUUUGACAGCCAUGCAGGCAGUGGGGUCUGUGCUAUCGCCAUCUCCCGGGAUGCAAAGUGUUUGGUAACCAUCAGUACUGGCAGGGUGCAGAGGGUCUGUGUGUGGAGGUGGACGUAUCCCGAUGAGAGCCCCGUGUGUGAUGUGGAGCUGAGCCCUGAGUUUGGCUUCCAGGAUUUUGUCAUUUUUAACCCUCAAAAUCCCUAUGAGUUUGUCAGCAACAGCAAAACCCAGGUGAUAUUUUAUCUAUGGGUGAGUAGGGCCACAAAGGGUUCACCUCUGGUACCUGAUGUGCUCCCCACCUCUCCCACUCAUGCUGCAUGGGUGUUUGGGUGCUUCGUGGUGGUCACAGCUUCUGGGAGAGGAGCAGGGGUAGGGAGAUGCAUUUCUGUGGGCUCUGGGAGAUUACAGAAGGCAGAUGUCCUCGUGUGGAUACGUGCUCUGCUCUCUCCACAGGGUGAUGGUGGUUUGCAGUACAGCACUCCUACUUUGACCAGGCAGACCUUUGGCAGUGCAGUGGGACACUUCACCCAGUCUGCUUUCCACUUCGACGCCACGCGGGCGCUGACGGGCACCUCGGCUGGGAAGGUGGUGGUGUGGGAUGUGGAGAGAAAGCGGGGGCUGGCCAAGGAGCCGCAGGGCAGGCUGCAUGGCAUGAAGGCCACCAAGCUGGUGCCGCUGCAGGAAGAAAGCGUGACAGUGCUGAUGGUGCUGGAGAGCUGCAUCGUGACGGGGGAUGUGAGAGGCCAGGUGAAGUUCUACGAUGGGCACCUGCAGCUCCUGGCCUGCUAUGAGCACAGCGCUACGGCUCCCAUUCGGUCCAUCUCCUUCUCCAAAGUCCCUCCAGAUCCUCCCAGUGCCUCUUGUACCAGCAGCCAGCCCUUCACUGCUAGGUGGCUAUUUCCAGUUGGAUUUUAUCACUGCUGGCAUCUCUCUGUAGCUGCUCAUCUUUUCCAAAGAGCCACAUGGGACAGGUUCCUCUCCAAGCUGGAGCCCUGUUGUCUGUUAUCCCACAUGAGUUACUGCUGUGGCCUUAGGCGUGUCACCAUGCCCCAGUUCCUGGGUCCACUCCUGAUCUUCUAUUGGAAUCCAGGCUUCAUCCCUGGGAACUUUAUCCUUUCAACCUCUGAUGCAACAGUGCUCCGUGUUGCGACAGAUGGGACAGACUUUGAAAAAGUCAUGGAAGAGGCCAAGAAAGCAGUGAUGGCCAUUGCAUGCCACCCUCGGCAGGCAUGGCUCGCCAUGGGCAGUCACUGUGGGCUGCUGAAGGUGUGGGACUACCAGCAGCCCCAGCUCCUCGUGAGCAGGAUGUUCCCCAGUGCUGGCAUCCAGUGCCUGUCCUACAAUCCUGCAGGCUCCUUCCUGGCCGCUGGUUUUAUCGAUGGGAGUGUGCAUGUCCUGGAUGCCAUUUCCCUGCUGCCCUGCUGUGAGGUGUUCAGGUUCUCGCGGGGCCCCGUAACUCACGUCCACUUCUCCCAUGACUCUGAGUACCUCGCAACUGCUGAUGAGAAAUAUGCAGUGACCGUUUACAAAAGGGUUCUGCAGAACGAGCGUAGGUGCUGGGAACACCUGGCAGGGCUGCACUCCCACUACAAGCCCAUCCGGAGCAUCCUGUUUGGGAUCCAGCUGGAUGGCAGUGAGCCCCGGCUGCUGAGCCUUGGGGAGGACCGGCAGCUGAUUGAAUAUGACCUGAGCAGCAGCAGCAAGGACCAGCUGGUGGUCCUGCACAGACAUCGUGUAGAGCAGGAUGCAGUGCCCCUCUGCUUGGCCUGGUACCCGCAGUUCAGCACUGAGUCCUUCAUCCUCACAGCCAACAGCUGCUACAAAAUGAAGCUCUACAAUGCAACGACCAAAAUGUGCAGAAAGACUCUUCUGGGACCAACCUAUGGCUCGCCACUGGAGAAGAUGCAAAUCCUCCCCAGGAGUGCUGCGCAGCCCCAGAAGCACUACCUGGCAUACAUUACCAAGGACAAGGUGGGCCUGCAGAUUCUGCCCAUUGAUGGCAACCCCCACAAGUCCUCAGCUUUCAUUUGCCACCCAGAUGGUGCCUCUGACCUGGCCAUCUCCUACGACGGGCGCUACGUCUUUACGGCUGGGGGGAGUGACCGCACUGUUCUAAAGUGGGAGGUGAACCUAAAUGCCUUGGAAGCUGCCGCAUCCCUGGGUGGGGAGGACCUGGUCCCAUUCUACAGACUGCUGGAGGGCGGCCAGGACGGUGAAUUCUUCAGGGAGCUGGAAGACUAUUUCUACUAUGUGCAGCUGCACAGCCAUGGCAUUGAUAUGCUGGAGACCAGGCAGGUGUCAACGUACAUUCCCUUGGAGGAAAUUCCUUCUCUAAUGAGAGCAAUGGGAUUUUAUCCAUCAGAGGAAGAGAUUGAAGAAAUGCUAAACGAAGUAAAAUUCAGCGAGUAUGUGGAUACUGGAGAACAAGUGACAAAAAUCAAUUUAGGGGAUUUUAUCAAACUUUAUAUAAAUCAUCGGCCUGCAUUUGGCUUGUCAAUGAAAACAAUACGACAGGCGUUUCAGGUCCUUGGCUAUGAUAAUGAGAAUGGUGACAAAGUCAUUGACAGAGGGGACUUGCUGUCGCUCCUUCAGUGCAGGGGAGAGCAUAUGAUGGAGGAUGAGCUGGCACUGUGUCUGUCUGCCCUGCUGGGCAGGCAUCCAAUGAGAGGAAGAUCUGACCUGGACAUGUGUGAUCCCUCAGGUGCAGCAGCUUUGAUGGAAGAAGAAAUUCCAGAGGAAAUCACAGCAGAGAGAUUCACUGCUGGCAUUCUUGGCCUAUCCAUUGCUGAGCCAGAAAAAAGAGCAGUAAAAUGAGAUGGAUAAUCCAUCUAUGAAGACUCAGAAUUGUAGCUGCUGCCACCGUUUUCUACUCAUUUCUACUUUCCAAACUCCUCAAGUACCUGUGAACUAUAUGUGUUUAUUAAAAACUGUUGCAUAGCUUCAGAUUA